ACUUGAAACAAUUUGAGGCUCAUAGACUGGCGCCAAGCAUAAAUGCCUUUCUCUCGCUACUCUGCAUCCUCCCCUAGUACACAAAGUGCCUUGUGGCUAAAUCCGGACCUUUACAUUAUUUACACGGUUGCUUGUAUUUCUGAAUGCUAUUUAUUGCAACAUUUCGGCACGUUUGCAUUGCUGCCUCAUCACUCCCAGCAGGUGCAUUGGUAAUAUGUGUUCUAUUAUGUUUGGCUACAAAUUCAUGCGUCCAGACUCAUUGCACGGAUGCCAAUUUUCUACCGUCCCUAAGCGCUGCUGUUGGCAGCAAUGAACCUCAAAAGACGAUAUGGAUCAUAUCGAUUCUUAUUAGUUCGGCUUGGAGGCUGUUGAUUCUAUUAAAUAGUUACAUAAAUUCCCGUAAAUUCAAUUCAUUCUCAGGCGGUCAUUUAUCCCUUUCCAAUUUGCCAUAUCUAUCAAGUUUUAUUGAAAUAUUUUCACUCAAUAUGCUUAGCAUUGUUUCUUCAUCUGAUAACUACAUUCAGCAUCGCAAUUACUUCUGUGCCUUUGCUUUGUUCUCGGUGGUCUACAUGAUAACAGAUGUUUACGUAUUACAACUUAGGCUUAAAACAACUGAAAAUGCUUUUCUGAGUACCAUAUUAGGAAAGAAGAUAUAUCUUAUGACGUUCUACUUAAUUUGUUUGUUGAUUCUUGUACUGUGUUAUUGGAUUCACAUGACAUUUUGUCCUCCAUAUGCUUAUACUAUAUUUUCUGCAGUUGAAUAUGCUGCAAUAUUUGCAAACAUUUUUUAUCACUAUACAACCUCCAGUACAUUUGAGGAUAUAUCAGUGAGGAAAAUGAUCACUUACUUUUCCACUGGUCGAACUAUUCCGUUCGUCAAUAUGAAGUCAGAACUACCAUUGUUGGAAGUAAAAUGAAUAAUUGUUUUUCAAAUAGAAUUUUAUUUAAUUCGCUAUCAUUCUUAUGUACGUGAGAUUAUACAACCCAUUAAAUUACAUAAAGCAUAUUUUGUUAACUGUAUAGUAACGUCGAUGAAAUACAAAAUUUCAUACAGUCUAAGUGUAUAUGUGUUACGUCAUUGAUCCGUUUGCCCACUAAUGUACAGGAGAGAAUUGUCUCAACCUAGUUUAAAGUCUUGAGGCUGGAGAAUGCGUGAGUUCAAUUGUGGCUGGAGGGUGUUAAGAACAGAGAAAAGAAAACUUUUAUAACUGACCUAUUACCUGAUUAUUAGGUUAACAAGACAGGAAAGAGAAGAAUUGGACGGAAAAUUACUCGAUUUACUCUUGAUCUAGUUAGAUGUAUGAUUAGAAAAACUACAACUCACAACGAAUAAGAAAAACACAGUUGCGUCCAGUCUAGGGCAUUAGAGUAGAAAAAUGGGAUGCAAACGUUACGUCAGGAUUCCAGUAAUUUUGGAAUAGAAAAGAUUACAGUGACAUAUACGUUACACGAAAGCUUCCAACAUAAAAUAAAACAGGGACAAAUAUUAGUACUUUAGAGACUUUGAACUAAGUGAAGCGAUGUCCUAGGAAAUGGCUUCCGUUGUUCAAUAUCGCUUUUCUAUUUCUCUUCACAUCAAUAAGUUAACACUUAACAAUAACGCAAUAGGAACAUUAACUACUAAGUAUCAGUAAUGAUCUAAAGUAUGAUAAUAAACUGAGACAUGUAAACAAAAACAAGUUGAAAGAUAAGUUUAGGGAAUUCAUUAUUUGUAACAGCAUAAAGAGUAAAGAUAUCUCUACCUUCAGCCAUUAUAUGACGCCUACAAUCGCUGUAUUUUUGUGUCCAUUUUAACUAGCAGUAGACGACGACCGGGCGAACUUAUACUAAUAAAACGUUUUUUCGUCGUUUCCAACUAUCCGCCUUACUCAUGACCAUAUUUUGUUGUGGUCAGUAUCUUUACAAACCAUUUUCACAAAGCAUUUAAAUGCUACCAAAGCUUGUUAAGGAAACAUAAUAGUUAAAAUACAACUAUGAUUGAUUGGCUUCUCUAGUCGAUUGGAUUAAUUCAAUUGGAGUACUACAAUUAGACGGCGCAUGUGAACAUUAAUCAGUAGGCUAAUAGCAUGACGGAUUAACAUGAAUAAAUAUCAGCAAAGUUAUUAUUAAUAUAAGGAUAAAUUACAUUUUGUGAUUUAGUGUUUCCUGCGGAUGUAGAAUCUAGGUCUAGGCCUAUAUUAGUGCACUUAUUUAUGCUUCCAGAAUGGCUAUUAUCCGAUAAUGUGGACUUGUCAUGAAGUGACUACUUAGUCGAUGAGGUCUUGCGUCGAAGUCACUGUCUGUAGUGACUCAUCUUGAAAGUCAGCGGAUCUUUUCAAGAACUUCUAGAGAACACAUUCCGGUCGGAGAUAGAAUUAUGUACCUAAUUUAAAGAGCAAGGGAAUACGUAGAAUGAUUACGCCUGCAUGCUCUAGUCAUGUAGUUCCUAUCAAGUAUUUCUACCUUCACCUUUUUCCUACCUCCAAGUGUUAGACAGUCGAUCGUUAUAUUCGCGUCACUUAAUAUUUAUACUUGAAAACGAGGAACUGCUAAAAUACUCAAGAUGUGAAGUAAAAACAAGAAGACUGGCACAGGUGAAAAUUUACUUAUCCGAAAAACACGACGACCCUAAUCGAAGAUACACUUGUUUAUAUAUUGAUUUGUACAUCCAUUAAAUACGAAGAUGUCAUAUGUGAAAUGAAGACGGAAUUGCAUGCUGCAUAUCAUUCGCGUCAAUCCAAUACAAAAAACAUAUCUUGAAUAGACAUCACACUGCAAUAAAUCAAUGUUAUGGUCAGUAAAAUGUCACAUUACAAUCAAGCACAAAUAUUACGGUGAGUAGUCAUAUUGGAUUAAAAACAGAAGUAAUGUUGAACCAAAAUCACAAUGGGCUAAGGACGUGGUUCCGCCUUUUCGUUCCGCCAUAUCACUAAUAUAAAUCUCAUUGUAUCUUUAAGGAUCAUGCGGCUAGGAACCGGUCUCAUUACAUCCCCUUUUAAGGAUGAAACCGAACUGAGUCAACAAAUAACCCUAGUCACGUUCAGGCUAAUAAUAAAACUAAAAUCGCUACUUUUGCAUAAAAGAUUGACAUUAGAUUUGGAAUAUUUAGAUGACCCCCUGGGUGUUCACUGUGAGAGACUUAGAUUUUACAAAUGAUUGGAUUAGGCUCUUUAGAGGAAUAUAAAUUUCUAGUUGACGCCUUUUGACAAUAAAAUAAACUUCGAGCUACACAGGUUUACGUCAUUUCUCUAAAUUUGAUACAGACUGCUGAUAGGAACUACAAAGCUCCAGGAUAUGAUUGGAGAAUUCCAAAACUUGGCCAAAUCAAAUCCUCAAGCUUAUGAAAAUAAGCUAAAAGUAACACAUUAAAAUGAACCCAUGCCUGUGUUUCCAAGAGAUUAGCUCCUGAUAAAUCUAAGAUCGCUAAACCUGAACUUGAACUAAGUUAGAUUUGGAUACUAUCCAUUCCUCUGUAAGCCAAUGGACAUCAUCUCUACAGAUGGAGAUUACAGAGCCCUCAGCCGUCACACUAUACCAGCUAGGUAUCCAGAACCAACUGCUACUGAUUUUACGUAGUCUGAAAGGUUUGACUACAUAUACUGAGACCGACAGUCAGAGCAUAUCACGAUAUCCCAGUAGCUGAGGAUGAAGUCUUUACAACAACCAUUACCACACCUGGAUCGUUCGAGUUCAUUCAGUUGUUAUUCAGUCUCAGAAACGUGGCACGAUCAUUUCACGGGUUUAUGAACAUUUUAUUUCGAGAUGUGCUUUUCACAAAAGGAUGUACCGAGGACUUAUCAACCCCGUAUUCAUUUAAAAUUAAAUACAGAAAAUGCGAGAACCGUGUUAAGUGGAAUAAGUAAUGAACUUACACCGAAGUAAUUGUUUCCGGACUAAUAAGAUGCCCAAACAGAAACACAUCAAUUAAAAAAAUAGAUAGGGGCUAUUCAUGAACAGCCCCAAAAUCCCCUAAACUUCCCAAUCUCAAAAUUUCCCCAGGAUCUCAUGACACUUUUGGGAAAUCGGCCUAUAUUUAUUAAUAAAACCCCAAAAUUCCCCCUUAAUUUGGUUUUUUUCUCCAAAAUUUCCCAUGAAUUUUGCGUUUUUCCUCAAAAUUUCACAAUAAUCUCACUAUAGUUUUUGCAAAUUCGUUUUAACGCAAUAAUUCUCAACAAAUUCCUACAGAUAUCAGGGAAAAGUCAGGCGAGAAUAACCACCUAGUUUUUACUCCGAUAUUCCGUUAUUUUCAUUCAAUUACGCAGUGCCAAAGAAACUUAACGUUAAUUGAUCUAUCAGUGUAAUUAAAAGACUGAUUCGUGACACAUUCAAAUGUUUAUUACGUUUAUAAAGUUAAAAAUUAUUCAUUAAUACAUAUUCUCUUCACUGCUUAGUAGCCUUAGCACGUUGAACUAUCAUUCACAAUGUUCUACAGAAAUAAAAAUAUUCUUAAGUUUACAAGCAAAUAUCGUGCUAUGUAAAACGUCGAUGACGUACCAACGGUAUAACAGUGUUGUCAAUAAAGCGAACAAAAAACUUACAGUUACAUCUGUUAAAACUUGCGAAGCCAGCUGAAAAUAAGAUGGACAAGAAGUAAUUGUUUUAGUAAAAAUGUUUAUCAAAAACUAAAACAUUAACAAAAACCGGUUUCUAAUCAAACUUCCACAGUGCAUAUAGCUCACCCUUUCUUUGUUUUGCGAUUCCCCGACGAUAUGGUGUAGCUUAAUUUAUUAACAAGUUUUAGAUGACGAAAUGUCCCCCCGAUUCAUCUUUCAAUGAAAGAACAGCUAGACAGCGUUGUAAUUGGGAUGAUGAAAGGAGGUGACAUAACGGUGAAAAAAGCUAACGAAAUUUUGGACCCUUUUCAGGUGUACCUUUCCUACUAGUAGGUGCCCGUAAUCAACUGAUUGAAAACACCUGGGGACUGAAUGCGUUAUUCUUAAAAAGACUUUACACCCAGAAACGAGAUACUUCACAUUCGGAUAGAAACUUACUGCGAUUUACCUAUGCAAGAAUUACACUACUUAUUUUUAGCUUAGAAGUUGUCUCAAUCUGAAUCAGCUGUAAUCACUUAUUGAGGGUAGUUUGGUCUGAUGUGAUACGACCAGCCAGAUGGAAUUGCGUCCAGUUCCCAAAUUCUAUCUAAGACCUCAGUCAACCUCACUGCUAAUACUGGACCACCAUCCUUAAAAAUCUCAGGAGUAAACCUGUCAGGGCCUGCUGCUCUCCCUCGCCAUUCAGGUUUACUGGAGAUCGUGGGAAACCAAAGUGUGGCUGCAGACCAAUUGAACUGAUCCCUAAAAAGUUCUACACAUCGAUCCAAUCUCCUAGAUUGAGAAUGUAUAAUAUGUUCGUCUUUUUCUGAGAUAGUUUCGCUAACAGUCGGGUUCCUAAUACCGGUUUCCCACACUUUGCUUCAUACUGUGGCGAAAACAGUGUUAAGUUGUAAAACAAUGAACCAGUUUGGCUAGAAACUUCGUAAACUUAUUGUUGAGAUUUAGAGUUAGGAGUAAAAGUAGAACAGAUAACUCACUAAUUUUAUGGAUGCUGAUCAACUAAGGCCGAUCAUACGAAGCUCGAAAUGUCCUAAAGUCUUGUGAGUUGCUCAGUUUUAUUUUUUUUACCCUGAAAAUUUUACAGUUUUAUACUCUUUCAUAUCCUUUGAUUUGCUAGUAGUCCUUACCAUCUUUAAGCCACAUAUAAUCUAACUUGUAUUUUUUUUUUACCUUUUACCAUUAGUUAUCUUCAUAGGAGUGUGACAUCUAACCCAUAAUACAAAUGCGUUAACCAUCUGAUUUGCUCGUAACAUUAAAUUAGUAGAGACAGUGUAUUCCAACUAUGGGCUUUGAUUAAAGGAUUAUUCAUACUUACCACAAAUCUAAGAGAGCCUAACAUAAAAAAAAAAGGAAGGGUGGCGUUACUAACCAGCAAGCAUGAUGGUGGGGAGAUAACUUCAAUCUACCAAUGUCUGUAGGGCAGAGCAUUUUGUUUAAUUAUGGCUCCUUAUGGUCUAGUGGAAUGUCACGAACUAAUGAUAUCGAUACUGAUUUGUUAUGCGAAAUACCUCAUUAAAUAGUGUUUGGAACGUUGAAUUGGUUUCACUUCCUACCGAGUAAUCCUAUUAGAAACACACUAGACAAUUCGCUAAAAACGAAGCCUACUCAAGACCAUAUAAAGAAGCUCAAAUAGCUUUGACAAAAAAGGGAGUCAGCCACUUGCGUAUCACAAAACUGUUUUCUGCACUAUAUUUUAUAACUACACACAAUCCCAUACUUUCAUCUUCUUUCUGAACCACCUCCAUUUGUCAGUUGUUUAUCCACUCAGAUUCAGAUUUGUGUAGUAAGGACAGAAGGCCUACGGCCUAUGUUAUUCCUUUUCUAGUAUGCUUCUGUGAGUGUCCAGUCUUCUCUUGAAAGAGUCAAUUGAAGGUGCGGACACCACUGCUUCAGGCAGCAGGUUCCAAGUAUUGAUGACUCGGUGUGAAAACCUGUAUGCCACGGGUAUUUUGGUCGUUCUUAGCUUUUCUACUCUCCAGCUAUGUCCUCUGAGGUGUCCCGAUAUCUCACACCUAGUUUACACUUAUUUUCCUUAACCUGUUAGAAUGCUCUUGUUUAAUAGGUGUCUUAUUAAAAGAGGACUAGACUGAACAGUCAUAGUUUAACUACUCCUUCAUGAACAUUGUGUGUUCUUCUCCUCGUCUUUUCUUUUUUCCUGCACCCUUUUUCAGCCCCCUUGAGAUAUACCACCGAAAACAGAUAUGGAACGGGUGAGUUCGUCCUGCUCCAUCAUCAAAACCUUAUAUAUUCCAGAGGGAUAUAUAGUUUGUGGUUUGUAGAAGCCCUCAACUUUACAUGCAUUUAUCCUCGUACAUUAGUUGCACGUCGCAACGCAACCUUCAUAAAACGCGUCAACUGUGAUAC